CGUUUCUCCAAAUCUUGGCUGAAAUAAAAUCGAAGGCACCAAACUCUCUCUCUGAAAGAACUAGUGUUCUCGAAGCGAGAAGAAGAAGAAGAAUGGAGGGGGAGGAUGUGCCUCUGGACGACAAGGCGAAGAGAAUGCGGGAUCUGCUAUCGAGCUUCUACUCUCCAGAUCCUUCAAUGUCGUCCCCAAACUCCAAUUCGUCUUCCAAAAACGUCACUCUCGACGCCAUCAACUCCACCUCCUUCGAUCCCGAUCAGUACAUGAAUCUUCUCGUUCAUAAGUCAAACUUGGAAGGGCUUCUACAGAAGCAUGUUGAAAUGGCUGCUGAGAUCAAGAAUCUUGACACCGACUUACAGAUGUUAGUUUAUGAGAACUACAACAAGUUUAUCAGCGCAACCGAUACAAUUAAACAGAUGAAAAGUAAUAUCGUGGGCAUGGAGGCAAACAUGGAGCAGCUGCUUGAGAAGAUAUUGUCUGUGCAAUCUAGAAGUGAUAGUGUCAACACUUCUCUUUUUGAAAGGAGAGAACGUAUAGAGAAAUUGCAUCGUACCCGCAAUCUUCUUCGUAAGCUUCAGUUCAUAUAUGAUCUACCUGCUAGACUCACAAAGUGUAUCAAAUCAGAAGCAUAUGCUGAUGCAGUCAAGUUCUAUACUGGUGCAAUGCCAAUUUUUAAAGCAUAUGGUGACUCCUCGUUUCAGGAUUGUAAGCGAGCAUCUGAAGAAGUUGUGGCCAUAAUUAUAAAGAAUUUGCAGGGAAAGCUUUUCUCAGAUUCUGAAUCCAUCCAAGCAAGAGCUGAGGCUGCUGUGCUUCUCAAGCGACUGGAUUUCCCAGUUGAUAGCUUAAAGGUGAAACUGCUUGAGAAGUUGGAACAGUCUGUUGCCGACCUGCAGCUUAACAUUGAAGAGGUUGGUAAUGCUUCAGUUGAUUCAAAUCACCCUUCUACUGAUUCAACUCCUGCCACUGCUCAUGAGGUCUCUGUUCGUGAGUUUGCGGAGGCUAUUCGUGCUUAUCGAGCAAUAUUUCCUGAUUCAGAUAACCAACUAAGCAAACUUGCACAAGACUUGGUUACCAGGCACUUUGAAACCACUGAGCACUACAUAAAGCAACAAGUUUGGUCAGCAGAUCUACUAGCUGUAAUUCGAAUUAUAUGGAAAGAUGUACUUCUGUUGGAAGAUGUGCUACAUGAGGCUGCUCUAACUGAUUAUUCUUUUGAGGCUGCCCAAGUUUCUGUCAAAUUCUAUGUUGCCAAUAAAUUUUCUCAUCUCCAAAGUGAGAUAUCAGAUGCUCUAAAAAAGGUCCAAAUUAGACAAAAAAAUAGCGGAGAAGAUAAUUCCUUACAAGUUGCUCUCGAGGGCGGAAAAAAGGCAGUUCUCCAAGGCAGCAUGAAUGUCUUACUGGACUUCCGUCAACUUCUGGAUGAUGAUUUGGGACUGCUAGUUAAACUGAGAGACUUAAUUAUUGAUUGGGUCCAAGAAGGGUUUCAGGAAUUCUUCAGGGCACUUGAUGGUCACUUCCUCUUGCUAUCAGGCAGGCAUAGUUUAGCCAGUCAAGAUCAGGGUUUGACAGAGGGAAUACUAGAUGACAAAGUUCUGGCAGGGCUUGUCCUUGUGCUGGCCCAAAUUUCGCUUUUCAUAGAACAGAAUGCCAUCCCAAGAAUCACUGAGGAAAUAGGUGCUUCCUUUUCUGGUGGUGGUGUCAGACGCUAUGAAUAUGGACCAGCCUUUGUUCCUGGGGAGAUCUGUCGGAUAUUCCGAUCAGCUGGUGAAAAGUUUCUGCACCUUUACAUAAAAAUGACAACUCAAAGGAUAUCAGUUCUCCAAAAGAGGAAGUUUACAGCAACAGUUUGGGUCAAGCACAAGGAACCACGAGAAGUUAGCAUGUUUGUUGAUUUAUUUCUUCACGAGUUGGAAGGAAUAGGGAGAGAGGUUAAGCAGAUUUUACCUGAAGGCCUCCGCAGACAUCGUAGGGCUGACAGCACUGGGAGCACUACCUCAUCACGGAGUAAUCCAUUACGUGAGGAGAAAUUGAGUCGGUCAAAUACACAAAGGGCAAGGAGCCAGCUACUGGAAACCCAUCUAGCAAAGUUGUUCAAGCAAAAAGUUGAAAUUUUUACAAAAGUGGAGUUUACACAGGGUUCAGUUUUAACAACAGUGGUAAAACUUGGUCUUAAAAGCUUGCAAGAAUUUGUCAGACUCCAAACUUUUAGUCGAAGUGGAUUCCAGCAAGUUCAGUUGGACAUUCAGUUUAUGAGGACUCCUUUAAAGGAAAUGGCUGAAGAUGAAGCUGCCAUUGACUUUUUACUGGAUGAGGUGGUUGUUGCAACUGCGGAGCGUUGUCUUGACCCAACUCCAUUAGAGCCCCCCAUCUUGGACAGACUUAUACAAGCAAAGUUGGCAAAAACCAGGGAACAGAAUCCACUUUCUCCAUGAUACUGAAAGUUCCAGGUUUUGGCUGAAAUUGUGUUAAAGAAAGCCCCCUGGUGUGUUUCAAGCUGCAGUUGGAAGUGCUAGGAGUCUUCCAGACCCCGGGCCCGGGAGAUACAAGUUUUCUUGUAGAGGUUUUGUAAAAUGACGGUAAACUCUAAUUUUGGCUUCUUGCUGCCCAUAUUGUGCAAGUUAGGUGACAAUAUUUAAAAUUAGAUGAUCAAGGAGAAUGCAAAUUAAAGUUUGAUCAUAUGACAUCUCAAAUUAACAGGUGUUGCCUAAAAUGAGUAACAUCAUCAGGUGUGGAAGAAAAAGAAACAAAGAAGUACUAAAACAGAUGAAUAUAUGACCUCCCUUUUUUUA